AUGAAAGGAGGAAAAGGCUCCCGAGGCCGCUCAGGCGGUUCGGAUCGCGGGGGUAUUCGCAAGAAAGGUGCAGCAAAAAGAGUCGAUCGAGAUGGUGAUUUGGCUAUGGACGCAGGCUCUACUCAAGGCCGUGUAAAGAAGGCGCGCGGCGAUUCUAGCCGCACGGCCGCUACUGGACCACGAACCCACACCCGCGAUAGGGCACUCGACGCUAUCCAAAAGGCUAUUUCGAGUAACACAAGUUCUCAGGCGAACAUCCGACAAGGUGGCCGAGGCAGUAAUCUGGAACAAGUCAGCGUCCAAGGAUGGAAACAGAGCAAAGCAGCGUCCAACCGCGACGGUGGUAUUGAAAGUCUAAUCACCUUUCUCGAAAAGAAACUCAACUCAUCCGACUCGAAAGCUGGCUCCCGCGCAAGGAUCACAAAGUCGCGGGUUGAAGGCGAUAUCUUUAUAGUAUCUAUCCGGCCGGAGUUGUUGGACAGGAUGCUGAAAAUGAAUGGUUUCAGUUUUGCAGGAGCACCCCUUACGAUUCAGACAUAUGAUGCGUCUGCCAAUGGAAUGGGCCAAACGAUAUUAUCCGAAGUGUCGCGGAACAGCGGCGCCCCCUCGACCGCCGAUACCAAAUCCAAGAUGACUGCGAUCUUGAGCAAACGCUAUUUUCAACAGCAGAAAUUGCUCAACCUCUCUAAGCUUGGCAGCGACCCGGACCUGUUGGCAAUGGGGAUCUUCGAUAGCACAUCGACCGAAUCCAAGUUCUUCCCGGCGUUGAUGAAAGUAUGGGAGAUGAAUUUUGAUAGCUCCACAGCACGACGCGAAGCUGUGGAGAGUGUCAGCCUUGCCGACAAUCAGCUCGCCAAUAUUACGGUCGUCACGACAUUGGCUCAGUCAUUCCCCGAUUUGAAGAAUCUUGAUUUAUCAAAUAAUAACUUCAAAGACUCUCAGUCCUUGAUUGGAUGGAGGUGGAAGUUCCGAAAUCUGGAGUUUCUUGACCUCUCUGGUACCCCUUUCAGCGCGGAUCCUACUUUCAAGGAUACCAUGCUCAAGUGGUACCCAAAACUUCGAUUUUUGAAUAAUACAGAAGUUCGGACGGCGGAGGAAGUGGCUGCGCAGAAGAAGACACCGAUUCCUGUUCAGGCGCCGCAUUUCCAGGACGAAUCUCAAAUUGGAGAAAACUUUGUCAAGGCCUUCUUUGUUGGUUAUGACAGCAACCGUACUGACCUUCUGAACGGUGUAUACGACAACAAUUCCACGUUCUCGCUGAAUGUCAAUACCACUGCUCCAAGAGCCCAGCAAACCGAGACUGCGGCCUGGGAUCCUUACAUCAAGAAGAGUAGAAAUCUGCUCAAGAUCAAUCAUCUUCCUGCGAGGAUGUCUCGUUCUUUUGUCGGUGCGGACAAAAUCCGUGACAUGUGGAACACCCUUCCUCAAACACGACAUCCCGACAUUGGAGCUCACCCUGAAGAAUGGCUAAUUGAAUGUUUCCCCAUCCCUGGGCUCCCUGAUCCUUCGGGACAGAGCGCGACUGGCGUGGGUGGACUUCUUAUCAUGGUGCAUGGAAAAUUUGAAGAGAUCAAUGGACCCAAGGUUGACCUUCGGAGCUUCGACCGGACAUUUAUCCUUGGACCUGGUGGAGGCAUGGGUGGUAUUAGGGUGAUCAAUGAUAUUCUUUGUCUACGGGCUCACGGGGGCCAUGAAGCAUGGAUGUUGGAGCAGCCAAUUGUCCAACCCACCCAACCCGGACAGCCUCCUGUCCAAGCACCGGUUGUUCCUACGGCUACUCCCGAUGGUUACGGUAUGCCGGCACCAGGCAAGCCAGAUGCCCAGGUGCAACAAGAACAAUUGGUCAUGCAAAUAAUCGCUAAAACGGGCAUGACCCUGCCAUACUCUGAAAUGGCGCUUUCCGGCAACGGUUGGAACUUGGACGCUGCUUUGAAGAAUUUUGAGGAGCUCAAGAGAACUAAUGGAAUGUCUACCACCACCACCUCCUCCAAUUCCAUGCCCUCCAACGGAGCGGCGGAUCUCGAUCCCCUCGACGCAGCGGACUACGAUCCAAUUGACCACCUAAAUGCCAUCUUCUCCCACCCCUCCACGCUGUCCUCCGUCUCCCACGUUUCCCAGUCCCUCCUAGACUACGAAGAUGAGCUGGACGACGAGAUCGGCGCGUUGGUGGAGGAACAAGUCACAUCAAAUGCGGAAAGCGUCGAGCGCAUACAGGCUGCCCAAGCAGAUUUGACGGAGUUAUUCAAGAAGAUUGACGAUGUGCGCGACCGCGCGUCCAAGACGGAGCUAGCCAUCACCGAGAUGACGGCGGAUAUCAAGCAGCUGGACAAUGCAAAGAAGAACCUCACGCAAUCCAUGACAGCCCUAAAGAGGCUGCAGAUGCUGACGACGGCAUACGAUCAGCUCCGUACCCUCGGUAAGACAAGGCAGUACCGGGACUGUGCCCAAUUACUGCAGGCGGUUAUCCAGCUGAUGGCGCACUUCAAGUCGUACCGAUCCAUUGAUCAGAUCGCUCUUCUUAGUAGAAAUGUGGCAGAUAUACAACGAGAGUUGUUGGAGCAGGUCUGUGAAGACUUUGAGCUGGCGUUUGCUAAGGGUGAAGUGGGUCAAAAGAGGGUCGUGCUUUCGGAGGGCUGUCUCGUAAUGGACGCUUUGGGGGAGCAUGCGAAGUCCAGGCUGGUGACCUGGUAUUGCAAUUUCCAGCUACGGGAGUAUCGACAGGUGUUCAGGAACAACGAGGAGGCGGGGUCCUUGGACAACAUUUCGCGAAGGUAUUCAUGGUUCCGUCGUAUAUUGAAGAUCUACGAUGAGGAAUACGCAGCGAUAUGGCCGACGUCUUGGAGGGUUGAUGAGAUUUUGGCGAACAUAUUUUGUGAAGGAACUCGAGAGGAUUUCAAGGGCAUUCUUUCCCGGUCAGUGCGGAAUGGGCAGACGAUCGACGUCAACCUAUUACUUUCUUGCUUGCAGGAGACUCUGGAUUUUGAGCAUACUUUGGAGCGGCGGUUUGUCAAUCCAUCCCGCCAGUCCACCGACACGUUCACCUCAGCUGAAGCACCUGUCUUUGGCCAGGCCAUUUCAGAGGCCUUCGAGCCCUAUCUAAGCGUAUGGGUUGAAGCUCAAGAUAAGCAGUUGGCUACCCUUUUACCGAAGUAUCGACAGCAACCUAUUAGGCCGCCAGAUGAGGAGUUCGAUUCUAAUAUCGUCAUAGCAUCCUCCACGGAGCUCUUCACGUUCUACAGGCUCUGUCUACAACAAUGUGCAAAACUCUCGACAGGUGGGAGUCUUGCCGACUUGGCCAAAGUCUUCGCAAAGUAUCUCGAUCAAUAUGCCCAGCAAGUCCUCUUAUACUAUAUCAGUGAGAGGCCCACCGGCACAACUCCAUCCAAGGUGCCAUCUCUGGAGGACCUCAUUUCAGUUCUCAACACUGCAGAUUACUGCUACACCACCUGCAAUCAACUAGAGGAAAAGAUCAAAGGCAGGCUCGACAAAAAUUUGAAACAAUCGGUUGACCUGCAGAGCCAGGCAGAUUCAUUCAUGGGCAUUGCGUCUGGUGCUGUUCGGUGCCUUGUGCGGAUGGUCGAGGUCGAGUUAGAGCCCUCCUGGCGAGAGAUGCGCAAUACACCCUGGAAUCGGCUUGAGAGUGUUAGCGAUCAGAGCACGUACGUCAGUGAACUCAUGACCAAGCUUAACGCCAAGUCCUCCGAGAUUCUGCAAUUGCUGCAUAAACAACAGUACGCCCGAGCUUUCGCGGACCAUGUCGUGGAGCUGAUAUCAAACGUAUUUGUUUCGAAUAUCUUUCAGUGCAAGCCAGUCUCGGAGACCGGGGCGGAGCAAAUGCUCCUGGACGCAUACACCCUCAAAACUGGCCUCUCGUCUCUUCUACCAGCUCCCGCUCCAACAACCUUCGUUAAGCGUGUCAACAACAACUUCAUGAAAAUCGAGACUCUCCUCAAAACCCUCCAAGUCCAACCAUCGCCUCCAGAGGCUCUAGUGCAAGCAUACUUGAUCCACAUCAAGGACAGCAGCAACACGAACUUCCGCAAGAUCCUCGAACUCAAAGGAAUCCGCAGUCGACAAGAGCAGAACCAGCUCGUGGAACUCUUCCAGAUCCACCGUGCAUCAGACCGUCAUGCCCCGAACCUUCAGCAAAGCAAUCCCACCCUCACAGCGUAUCAAACCACUCCCGCUUCCUCUUCAAACCAAGGGCUGGGACUCGGAACCGCCGCAGCGUCAAUCGGCGCCUCUAACCUCCCCACCCGCUUCGAUCCAUCCAUGCUAGGCUCUGCCAUCAUCUCAGCUGCCAAAGACGGUGUGGACCGAUUCGGAACUCCUGGAAAUCCCGGCGCAGGCGGUACCCCAGGAUCAACAUCCACCACCCCUGUGUCCCCUGGACCGUUCGCACAACUACAAAGCACCGCUGAGAGCGCUACUGCAGGCAACCUGAACGAGAAUCUGAAAAAUAUUGGAAAGUUCUUCCGUCGGGACCUGGGUGGAUUCGGUGGUCGGUUUGGGAGGAGUGGUGAUGAUGGUAACUGA